AUGUCCAUCGGAACGGAGAAGCGCGUAUCGGAGGACCGGCCGUUACUGCCGACCACUGCGGCGGACGUCAAGGACGAGAACCAACCGCACAAGCUGCUGGGCAUCUCAUGCGUGGCGCUCUCGGCCGUGUGCUUCUCGCUCAUGUCGACCAUGGUCAAGUUUAACACGUACACCAUGACGUCCAUCGAGGCCAUCUUCUGGCGCUCCAUCGUGGCCAUGGCCCUCAACUAUGUGUGCAUCAGGUGCAGUGGCAAAACGCUGUACGUGGCCCCGGAGGAGCGCAAGAUGCUGUUCUACCGCUGCCUGGCGGGCUUCUCGUCCAUCUCGUUCGCCUUCUACGCGCUCUCGCAAAUGGUGCUCGCGGACAGCAGCUGCAUCGUCUUCACCUCCCCCGUGUGGACCUUCUUCCUGGGAGCAUGCCUGCUGCAUGAGCGCAUCGACAUCCCCAGCUUCGCGUGUGCCGUGCUGUCCUUCGCCGGCUUGAUCUGCGUCGUGCGUCCCGGGUUCAUCUUCGGAUACGACCACGCCACUGCGCAGUCGGACGGCUCGUGGAUUGCCAUCGGAUCGGCCAUGCUGGGCGCCAUCGGCCAGGCGUUCGUGUUCAUCACUGUGCGCAAGCUCAAGGGGAUCGACUUCAUGGUCAUUGUUCACUAUUUUAUGCUCUUCAGCAUGCUCGGAUCGCUCGCCUACAUGCUGCUGGUGCAGCGCGUGUUCGUGGUUCCGUCGACGCUCGGCGUGUGGCUCUGCGUGUUCGGCAGCGGCGUGUUCACGUUCGUG